GAAAGGUUCACCGCUCUUGUCGCACGAGAGUAAAACGUUAAUCGCAAAGGGCGUUUAUCGAAAUACAUUAAAACAAACAAUACUAAGACAAAACAAAACGAGACAUCUUCCCACGGAAUCUUUCUUUCUCCGAGUAAAAUUUUGUUCGGAAUAAAAUGCCACGAAGUUGCGCAUCGAUCCGAUAAUAACCUCGCGCGAUAGCGCGAUCCAGAGUUUUUCGAGGACUUUGGAGCGAAAAGAAGUCGGAGGGAAGUCGUGAUGCAGGAUAUCUUGGACGUGAAGAACGCCUCGACCUUUUCCACGGAAAACGCGAAACGUUUCGAGUGUCUCUUGAUGCGCCGUUUCGUAUCGGUGAAUCGUUGCAGUAACAGCGACACGAAGUGUCACGGAACGAUUAAAUCCGAAGAAGGGGACGCUCCCAAGCGUUUGGACCGCUGCGUGCAUUCGCAUUCGAGAUUAGAGCCGCCGAUAUUCUAGCCAGAUUCGCGGAGACCGUCAUUGAAUCCUCGCGAUGCCUCGGAGCGAUGCGCAUUCACGUCGUUAUAAUAAUCGUCGACCUCGCAUUUGCCAUUCAUAACGGAGACCGUACAAUCCCGUUUUACGAUGGAGCAUCCGCGAAUGCGGUUGGUCUAAUGACGUUUGGCAUACCCGCGGCUAUAUCAAAGCUUCUCCGCGAGACGCUCGCCCGAACCGAUUCUCAGACGCGCGUCUGAAAGCGACGCGGUUCGGACUGACUGGAUCGGCGACGGGAAAGCAUAUUCAAACGUACUCGAUGGAGUCAUUGUUCGACGUCUCUUAGGAUACGAUUCAGAGAUCGUUCUUCUCUCCGACACCUCUCCUUUCCGAGUGUGUUCCAAACGAAUCGACAAAGUCGUCCGUGGAUCGCGACCUAGGAUCGAGAAAUUGUCGAUGAAAUCUGUUUUUUCGGACCGAGCGAAACGGGAACUAUCGAAACAAUACGAUACCGAUGGAGGAAAUCAAUGUGCGGGCAUGGAGGGUUCGAGUGAAAUAUGUAUAGAAGCAUACUCGUUCGAGACUCUGCAGGAAUCGGCGCAGUACCUUCUAGAUCGCGUCAAAAUUAGACCAAAAAUUGGAAUAAUAUGCGGCUCGGGAAUAGGAUCAAAUGAGCAAAGCGAGUUGUGUCCAGGUUCUCUAGCGGACGCCCUCGAGGACAAGCAGUUCUUCCCUUACGAGGAAAUCCCACAUUUCCCUACAUCCACUGUCAAGGGUCAUACGGGUCAGAUGGUCUUUGGCUAUCUCCAGGGUACGCCGAUCAUGUGUAUGCAGGGGAGGUUUCAUUAUUACGAAGGCUAUCCUCUCUGGAAGUGCUCGAUGCCGGUAAGAGUUAUGAAGCUCGUGGGCGUGACCCAUUUGAUUGCGACAAACGCGGCAGGAGGUCUAAAUCCUACGUACAAGGUUGGCGACAUUAUGAUGGUGAAGGAUCACGUGAACAUGAUGGGUUUUGCGGGGAAUAAUCCACUCCAAGGACCCAACGAUGACAGAUUCGGUCCUAGGUUUCCACCGAUGAACAAAGCCUACAAUAACACGCUCCUAGACAUAGGCCAACAAGUAGCAACGGAGAUGGGUAUCGACGAUAUCGUGCAUAAAGGCGUGUAUACGUGCCUGGGCGGACCGAAUUUCGAGACCGUGGCGGAAUUGAAGAUGUUGAGGAUGGUCGGCGUCGACGCUGUCGGUAUGUCCACCGUCCACGAAGUGAUCACCGCCAGACACUGCGACUUGACCGUAUUCGCCUUCAGCUUGAUCACGAAUCAAUGCAUCAUGGAGUACGAGGAUCACAAGGAAACGAAUCACGAGGAGGUGAUGGAUGUGGGAAAGCUGAGGCAAUCGUUGCUCCAGGAGUACGUGUCGCGUAUCGUGAUACGCCUUCGGGACAUGCUGAACUUAGAAACGAAAUGAUUCGAGCAAUUUACCCGUUCGCGUUAAGGAGAACACUUCGCUCGUCGUUCCACGAGACGUUCCUGAAAUCGUUCGCAUCGCACGGCUGGCUACAUCCACCCAUUCCCAAUGAGGGAACGACGUGGAUGAACGUGCACGCGAUUCCUGAAGGAACGUUGCCGCAAUGACAACGGUAGAUCCAUCCGACGAAUCGCGGGAUCCACGAAAGGCGAACGUCUGGAAAUUCGAGGAGAUGGACGACAAAAUUCUUGAUCAGCGUUCGCCGAUUCGCAUCAGCGAUAGUUGAUUAAUUCCCUUCCUUCGCAUGGUACCUUCGUCCGUCGUUUAUAUUGUUUCGUUAUCCAUUAAUUACGUGCAACUGCUGUUAGUAUUAUUGUAACUACGAUUGUUGUAAUAAUUUAUACGCUAAAAGGGUUUGAAUUGCCCGCAAAUAAAUCAACGAAUAAUCAGUA